AUUGUUUUUUUUUUGGGGGGUUCAUCUUUUUAGCUUUUCUUUAAUCGAUUUCUGGUGCACACAACACAAUACAGUCUUGUCUGCAAAGUGGGUCUGGUCUGGGUUUUCGUUUUCGUUCUUGUUUUUUGGGUUUUCUUUGAGAUUGAGUCACCUGAGAAUGAGUAGGGUUUUGCUGGAAUUGGGGGAAUUGAAUUUUAAUGGUGUGGGAUUUUGUGAUUGAGGAGGGUCUGGAUAUAUAUCUCUAUAUCUCUCUCUCUAGAUAUAUAUAUAGAUGUGAAUAUAUAUAUAUAAUAUAUUGGAGGGCAUCACAAAUUGUCUGUGAUAGCCGACAAUUCUGAACAUCGUACCCAAAAGCCAAGAAAGGCUGAAGGCAAAACCUUUUCCUCUUGUACAACUCGACACCUCAGCCUCCGGUGGUGGUGGCGCCGGCGGUGGUUAAUUCAGCUCCGAUGAGUUUCUGUAGACUUGAUAGAAGACAGGAGGGGAGAACAGUACAGUAGUCUUGUACCUACGGAAACAACAUAAGACGACACCCACCUGGUUCUUGGUCUGGUCUGCCUCUCUCUCUCUCUCUUUGUCCCUGUCUUGUUUCUUGCUCCUCCACCCUCUACCCUCACCCUCACCGUGGAGUCCUUAAAAGGGAUUUAUGCUGAAGAAAUCGGGCCCGAAAUCCAGAACAAUCUCGAUCUUAUGCAGUUCGCACAGCAGAAAUGAUGGACAGUGCACGGUUCGGCGUGUUUAAGGUUGUCCAAAAAACGGCCUUCGUCGCAAUGCUUUUGAUGGGCAUUUGUUUCCCGGACCUCUCUGCUCGAAUCAAUUCCCCCCAACCUGAAGCCGCCGCUUUGUUAGCCUUCAAACGUUCCUCCAUUGAUUCCGAUCCCGACGGCUUCUUACGCAGCUGGAUUCCGUCGUCUUCCUCCCCCUGUUCCUGGGCCGGCGUUUCUUGCUCCGGCGGCAGCGCCGUCGCCAAACUUGAUCUGUCAAAUGCUGGGCUUUCAGGCAAUCUCGACCUCUCCGAUCUCAUGGCCCUCAAAAGUCUGACCACCGUCCUCCUCGCUGGAAAUUCCUUCGCCGGAAACCUAUCCUCGACGACCGGCGAUUCUUGCAGCUUCCAGCACCUGGAUUUGUCCGGCAACAGUUUCUCCCAGCCACUCGCCGCCGGCGCCUUGUCGACCUCUUGCAGCAGACUUGUCCAUUUGAAUCUCUCCGGCAACGCCCUGCCACGUGUCGAUCUCAAAAUCGGGGCUUCUCUGUCCCAACUCGACCUGUCGGAAAACAAGAUUGCAGAUUCGGCUCUGUUGACUUCCCUCCUCUCCAAUUGUAACAAUUUGAAUCUGCUCAACGUCUCCGGCAAUAAACUCGCCGGAAAGCUCUCCGGCUCCCUCUCCUCCUGCCGGAGCCUGGCGGUGCUCGACCUCUCCCGGAACGACUUCUCCGGCGCCGUCCCGGCGGCAUUCGUAUCAAAUGCAUUGGCGUCUUUGACAGUUCUCGAUCUUUCCGGCAAUAACUUCACCGGCGAUAUCCACGAUUUCGAUUUCGGUGUCUGCCGGAACCUCACCGUGCUUAAUCUGUCCGGAAAUGAGCUUUCAGCAACGGCUUUUCCGGCGAGCUUGUCGAAUUGCCGGAGACUCGAAACUCUAGACAUUAGUCACAAUGCGAUUCGGUUGUCGAUUCCGGGGGAGUUGUUAGGGAGAUUGAGUUUGCGGCGGUUGGCAUUGGCGCAUAACAAGUUUUCCGGCAAGAUUCCGGUUGAGUUGGGAGGGAUUUGCCGGACGGUCGAGGAAUUGGAUCUUUCCGACAAUGAAUUGGUCGGCGAACUUCCGUCGAACUUCGUCUCUUGUUCGUCGCUCUCGAGUUUACGCCUAGGCGAUAAUCAGCUCUCGGGGAGUUUCCUCGACACCGUUGUGAGCUCCCUUACGAGACUCGAGUAUAUCUCCGUCGCGUUCAACAAUAUAACCGGUCCCGUUCCGCGCUCAUUGACGAACUGCACGGAGCUUCGGGUUCUCGACCUUAGCUCGAAUGUGAUGACCGGGAAUGUACCUACGGAAUUUUGCACAAAAACGUUGAAUUCGAAGCUUGAAAAGCUUCUGUUGGCUAACAAUUAUCUCUCAGGAUCGGUGCCGUCGGAGCUCGGGCUGUGUAGGAACUUGCGGACAAUCGAUCUCAGCUUCAAUGACUUAAUUGGUUCAAUCCCGCCAGAGAUAUGGAACCUGCCGGAGCUCUCAGACGUGGUCAUGUGGGCGAACAGGCUGACCGGCGACAUUCCGGAGGGCAUCUGCAUCAAUGGCGGUAACCUGCAGAUGCUGAUUCUUAACAAUAAUCAGAUCACUGGGACUCUGCCGAAGUCGAUCGUCAAUUGCACGAAUCUGAUAUGGGUAUCGCUGUCAAGCAAUCGGAUAUCCGGAGGACUCCCGGCAGAGAUCGGGAAUCUCGUCAACCUCGCGAUCCUCCAGCUGGGAAACAAUUCGUUGAGCGGACCGAUUCCGGCGGGAAUAGGCGAGUGUCGAAGCCUGAUAUGGUUAGAUUUGAACAGCAACGAGCUGACGGGUUCGAUUCCUCGGGAGCUUGCUGCGUCGACCGGCCAUAUAGUUCCGGGGCCGGUGUCGGGUAAACAGUUUGCAUUUGUGAGGAACGAAGGCGGGACGGAAUGCAGAGGUGCCGGUGGACUCGUCGAGUUCGAAGGGAUUCGCACUGAAAGGCUGGCGAAUUUUCCGAUGGUUCACUCGUGCCCAUCGACGAGAAUCUACACCGGAUUAACGGUUUACACCUUUUCCGGCAACGGCAGCAUGAUCUACCUCGAUUUGUCGUACAAUCGUUUGUCGGGGGCGAUUCCGGAUAGCUUAGGAUCCAUGAAUUAUGUGCAGGUUCUCAAUUUAGGGCACAACGAGAUAACCGGCGAGAUUCCCGACAGCUUCGGAGGGCUGAGGACGGUCGGGGUGCUCGAUUUGUCGCACAACAAGCUUCGUGGGCUCGUCCCGGGGUCAUUAGUCGGCCUGUCGUUCCUCAGCGAUCUCGAUGUUUCGAACAACAAUCUGUCGGGAUCCAUUCCUUCCGGCGGACAGCUGACGACGUUUCCUGCGUCGAGAUACGCCAACAAUUCCGGGCUCUGCGGUGUCCCGUUGCCGCCGUGUAGCUCGAGAAACAUCCACCGCGCGUCGAACUCGUCCAACCACGGCCAGAGGGAAAGUAUGGCUUUAGGGAUGGUGAUCGGGAUCGUCGCGUCCGUCGUUUGCAUAUUCUUGCUUCUUUACGCUCUAUACCGUGCGAAACGGAUUCAGAAGACGGAAGAGAAGCGCGAGAAGUACAUCGAGAGCCUCCCGACCUCCGGCAGCAGCAGCUGGAAGCUGUCGAGCGUUCCCGAGCCGCUCAGCAUCAACGUGGCGACGUUCGAGAAGCCGUUGCGGAAGCUGACGUUCGCGCACUUACUCGAAGCGACCAACGGGUUCAGUGCUGAUAGUUUGAUCGGGUCAGGAGGGUUCGGCGACGUCUACAAAGCGCAGCUUCGGGACGGCAGCGUCGUCGCGAUAAAGAAGCUGAUCCACGUGACGGGGCAAGGUGACCGGGAAUUCAUGGCGGAGAUGGAGACGAUAGGAAAAAUCAAGCACCGUAACCUCGUCCCGUUAUUGGGUUACUGCCGGAUCGGCGACGAACGACUUCUUGUCUACGAGUACAUGAAAUGGGGAAGCCUCGAGGCUGUGCUGCACGAUCGCGAAAAGAUCGGCGGCGUUAGGCUCGAUUGGGCGGCUCGGAAGAAAAUUGCGAUCGGAUCCGCCCGGGGGCUGGCCUUCCUACACCACAGCUGCAUUCCGCACAUAAUCCACCGCGACAUGAAGUCGAGCAACGUACUUCUCGACGAAUGCUUCGAGGCGAAGGUCUCGGAUUUCGGAAUGGCAAGGCUCGUGAACGCGCUCGACACGCAUUUGAGCGUGAGCACGCUGGCGGGGACUCCCGGGUACGUCCCGCCGGAGUACUACCAGAGCUUCCGGUGCACGACGAAAGGCGACGUGUACAGCUACGGAGUGGUGCUCCUGGAGCUGAUCUCUGGGAAGAGACCGAUCGACACGGCAGAGUUUGGCGACGACAAUAACCUCGUCGGGUGGGCAAAGCAGCUGCAGAAGGAGAAGCGGAGCCACGAGAUAUUGGAUUCGGAGCUGAUUACGAGCCUGUCGGGGGACGCCGAGCUUUACCAUUACCUGAAGAUCGCGUUCGAAUGCCUCGACGACAAACCGUUCCGGCGGCCGACGAUGAUUCAGGUGAUGGCUAAGUUUAAGGAGCUGCAGACGGAGUCGGAGGGCGAUAUAUUGGAAGGGAUAUUGGUGAAGAAUGCUGUGAUCGACGAGUCCAAUGAAAGGGAGACGUAGAUAGAUACAUAUAUAUAUAUAUCUAUAUAUGUAUGUAGAUGAGAGAUAGACGACGAUGGACGAUAUUUGUGUCUGGUUCUUACACAUUUUGGGCAUUGCUACUUACUGUAAAUAAUCUCUAUAUACUCAUUUGGCUGGAAUUAAGACACGCGGAUUAGGAUUUGAUGAUGAUGAUGAUGAUCGAUCGUAU